UACUUCAAACAAACACUAAAACAACCUUAACAAAAAAGCAGUUUACUUAUGAAGGAAAAUCAUGACAAGAAAGAGAAAGAUUUCUGAAACACUGGUUGAAGACAUUAAUCCUUAUGAGACAAUCAAGGAAUGGAAUGAGGUAAUGAAGGAACCUAGUUCACUAGAAAAAAGAAGCAGAAAGAGAUUUGUUGGUGUGAGACAAAGGCCAUCAGGAAGAUGGGUAGCUGAGAUAAAAGAUACCAUUCAGAAGAUAAGAGUUUGGUUAGGAACUUUUGAUACAGCUGAAGAAGCUGCAAGAGCCUAUGAUGAAGCUGCAUGUAUACUUCGCGGUUCCAACACUAGAACAAAUUUCUUACCUUGUUCUAAAUCUUCCUCUAGAAAUCAUGUUCUUUCUUCAAAGAUCACUAAUCUCCUCUUUCAAAAACUUAAAGAAAGGAAUUAUCCUUGCGGUUGUGGUCGCAGUUGCGAACCUUUAAACUGCGGUAAAAUACAGGAAAAUGAGGCUGAUGCGGACAAAAUUGCCGUUGCGAUGUCAUUACCGAGACCUCAAAAUCCAUUAUAUUGCACUAAAAUGCAAGAAAAUGUGGCCGAUACGGUCAAAACUGCGGUGGUGAUGCUGCAGAGACCUCAAAAUCCUUUAUAUUACGACUGGAGUUGCAAACCUUUAUAUUACGGUAAAGUGCAGGAAAAUACGGCCGAUGCGGUCGAAAUUGCGGUUGCUAUGCCACAGAGACCCCAAAAUUCUUUAUAUUGCGGCCACAUUCUCAGUUGCGGACCUCAAUUUAAAACCAUUUCUUCACCUUCUUGUUCUUCCAACUCUCUUUUUAUCAACCAACAACAAAAAAAACAAGGAAAUGUAUAUGGAAAUGAAUCAACAUAUUUCACAAAUGAACAAUUUAUAGAUUUCUUUGAUGGUCCUGAAGAAGAUUGUUGCACAAUUAACAGCAUUGAAUUUAGUAACAACAGUAGUGCACAAAUUGACUGCAUUACAAGUAGUUUUGAAUCAUGUUUAACUGAAAAAGAUGAAUUCAUUUGCAAGGAAAAGGAAACUACAUCAAGUGAUGAAAGAGUGGAAGACAUUGAAGAAAACACUGGUUUGAGUUUCAACCAAGAUUUUCAAUUCCUUGACAAUGUUGAUGAUGCUGCAAUGAACUAUUAUUCUGCUUUUAAUAUUGAUCAUGAAGAUAUUGAGAAGCAUGUGGAGUUAGAGAUCAAUGAUGAUAGUGAUGAGUCUUCAAUGCUAAGAAAUGCUAUGAAGAGAAUGAAAUAUGAGAGGAAAUUCUCAGCUUCUCUUUAUGCUUUCAAUGGAAUACCUGAGUGCUUGAAGUUGAAACUUGAAUCAGAUAACAAAAUGGGAAGAGAGUUUUCUAAUGAACUAACCAACCUCGAAAUGGCUUGUAGCAAAAAAAAAAGGAUGCUUAUAAGAAGGAUGAAUGAUACAUACAACCUGUAAAACUUGAAAUAGCGACAUAAAUUUAGAGACGAAGAAAAUGCAACAUCAGCCUCUAAUCCCAUCGCCAAGCAUUAGAGACGCCAGACCAAACUUGACGCUAAAUUUUAUUUUUUCCGUCUCUAGUUUCCGUCAUUAUUUCAAUUUGUUUUGGUAACAUCGGAUAAGAAGAGGGUGACAACUCACAAACAUCAACUCUUUCAAAAAACUCACAAACAUCAAUUAGCAUGGUUUUUUCUUCUCCUUCUAUAUCAUCCAAUAUUGAUGGAGAUCUCUCACUGUGGAAUUCAUUUGAUCUUUCUAAUAUUG